AUCACCAGGAGAGAAAAAUAAUCCAGUUAAACAGUUAGUCGGUUUGAAGGGGUAGUGAAACGACGACGUUUAAUGUGGUUCACGCUUUGUCCAGGUUGUACCGGACUAUGAGGUGAAUUACCCCUAGUCGGCUACGUUGGGGAAAGAGAGAGAGACAGAGAAAGAAAACGCCCAAAUCCUUUCUUUUCUUUCUCAUUGGAUCUCUUCUCUGCUUCCAAACGGACCCACCUUUCCUUUGUCUUCAAAUUCAGCCAACUUUCAAGAUGUGGGGUUUUGCUUCUAAUGCCAUUUCAAGCAUUGGGUUGAGGAGUUCAAAAGAGGGUCGAGCUUGUUCCGAGUGUUCAGACGAUGAGGUGUGCUCCAAUGGUAGUAGAGAUGAGGGAUUGGAAUGUCCGAUUUGUUGGGAAUCUUUCAACAUUGUUGAAAAUGUGCCUUAUGUCUUAUGGUGUGGUCAUACCCUUUGCCAAAAUUGUAUCUUGGGGCUCCAACCUGCUGUUUUGAAACUCCCCACUCAGCAUAUAAAGAUACCUAUGUUCAUUUCUUGCCCAUGGUGCCAUUUGCUAUCGCUCCGCCUUGUUUAUAACGGGAACCUCAAGUUCCCUCGCAAGAAUUUCUUCGUUCUGUGGAUGAUCGAGAGCUUGAAUGGGGAUAGGAAUGGCUUUGUCUGGAGAACAUCAUCUGAGGAGCAUCAACCCAUUGGCUUUCCUAGAUGUAAUCUAAUGCUUGGGAAUCAAGCUAUCAAUGGUGUCGUUAGGAGAGGGUCAUAUACUCAUCGUUCUGAACAAAUUAGGUCUCCAGAUUAUGGUGGCAGAAAUAAUGUGGAGAGGCAUCAUUUCUCACUUCAUAAAUCGUUGUAUUUCUUCAUUCACUUUGUGUUCAAGUUUCCUUUGGUCAUCAUAUUACUUCUGAUUGUCUUCUUUGCAAUACCGGGGAGUGCUGUUAUCUUAUUACUCUAUUUGCUAGUGACAGUUGUUUUUGCCGUCCCAUCUUUGUUGGUGCUGUACUUUGCAUUCCCUAUGUUGGAUAGGCUGGUAAGAGAAAUAACCUCAUGAGAUGUUAUUUUAUCACUUCAAAGUUCUGAGAGAUAUAUGGUUCUAAAUGACUUCAAUCUCCAAAUGAAUUCAACUAAUGGUGUAAUCUGACAUCAUCCUUCUUCCAAUACUCACUCCACUGCUUUAUUUGGCAUUUGGUAACUUCAUUGCUGGUAAUGGGAGUUUUUAAUAUGCUGAAGCUUUUAGAAAUUCUAUUGUUUUCAUGAUGGAGUGUGACUUCAAAAUGUCUCAAAGGCUUGUUUUAGCAAUUGUGAUUGUGUCCUUGAUUAGAUGCCAUUAAAGUGGCUGCUCACCUGUUGUACAAGCUUGAGUUCCCAAAAUAAUAUAAGUGCAGUUAAUUGUGGUGGUUAUUUCUUCUCUCUAUCUCUCUCUUAUUUAUUGUCAUAAUUUUUCUGCAUUUUGAUAAAAGAUAGUUCUUUGUUUUUGCUACUUUCAAUUGUUGCAAGCUUGGUUGCUUAAUUUUCUACCCUUUGAGAAUUACUGUGACUCAUUGCAGCUUUUGUCAUUGUGGUGUAUGCGUUACUUCCUAUUAUAAGUUUAACUGAGAUCUUUAACUAUACCAGAGUGCACAAAUGGCCUUGUUUUUGGUUUAGUCUUCAUUUUGAUGGUGGUUUCAAAGGAAAGGGGGGAGGGGGUGUCCCGGCUUUUUACUUGGGCUCAUAUCCAGUACUUUCAUCUUAUGAACAAUUGAAAUGGUUCAUCUCUCUAAUUAUUAUCUUCCGCAUUUUCUGCAUUGGAUCCUGGCCUGGUAUUUAGUAAUGAACUUUGUUCUUGUUCUUAAGAAUUCUUAGAUAUUUUCCUAUAGUGGCUACAGUUGAUAGUGGUCAGUAACAGAUAGGCCAGUAGUUGCUUCCAUCCUUGUUUCCUUGACAGUCAGAGUAGAUGAUUGGUGCCUUUUUUAUGGAAAAACAUACAAAUUUUAUCAGAUAAUAUUGUUCAUAAGUGCAUUUAGUUAGCCUGAGAUAGGAAGACGACUCUGGGAGAAUUUAGUAAUGCUUGCUUUAUUAACUGUAUCGAUUAUGCCUAUUCAUUAUCUUGUAGAAAGUUGACUAUGUGAUCUAGAGGUGAGUAAUUGUUAUAGCUUGGCUUGGGUUGCAGUCUUAGUCAUCAUUUUAUUCUUGUUCAUCAUGUGGAGAUCUUUUCAUUUACCAAAAAUAAAAGUUUAACGUAGAAACAUUGUGGUCAAAUUCAGUAUGGAGGGUCCCAAUAUUAGUUUAUUAUUUGGUUACAAUUUUAUGUUAUAAUGUGCACAAUCUAUGCUAUUAACUGAGGUUUCAAAUUCUUUGCAUGUUCUUUUGAUCCUUUUAUAUUUCACAGUUCCAAGAUAAUUCUUUCUUGUUAUUCAUUAGUGAUGGCGGGAGGUGUUUAGAUGGUUGUAAAUUUGGACAAUUUAAUGAGCUUAUUUUCUCUUGUCCACUUUUUUUUUUUACUUUUAGAUUUAUAAUUUCCUUUGUAUAAUAACUUGUGCUAUAUGAGAAUUUCCAUGAAAGAUUGGAUUUUCAUUCAUGCUUCUGCAGCAAUUAAAUUUUGGAUUACCUUCAAUCUUUGAGAUUAUUCAAAUUCCUUCAUAAUCAAAGAGAAAACAAAUUCUGCAAUUUAUCACCAUAUUCUAAGCAUUAUAAAUCUAUAAUUUGAUUUUGAGUAACAGAGUCUUGUCCAAGGACAAUGGGGUACAUUUUCCUGCAUCAGCUGCUAUAUGGCUUCAUUUUUUCAUACUAAACAACAGUCGUUAGAAAUAUUAGUAAAACUACUUGAGGUUCUUGAAGCAACUUCUCAUUGAAACAAGUGUUAAAUCAUUCAAAUAAUGGUGACUCUAUUUGUGAUUGGCAUCCUUUUGUUAGUCGCAGCAUUAUGAAAAUAAUCUUCCCAUAUGUGACUUCAAACUCAUGACACUAGAUUAUUAGUUAUGUUCAA